AUGGCCUUGUUUGCCCGACUCUGCAGACUUUUUCAGAGAGUCAAUGUGGAUGGGAGAGAGACCAGAGAGGGGAGGAAGGAUGCUGACCUUCCAUCUGAGAGGAAUGAAGGACGAAGGAGGUGGACUUGGCGAAUGUGCAUGGCUCACAGACAGACAACAUCCCCUGUACCUGUCAAAAGCAAAAAGCAGUUUGAGAAGGAAGAGAAGGAGCUGAUCAAAAAGAUCCAGCUCACUACCGAGGAGACAAAUGAGCUGAGAGAUCGCCUGAUCUACGUGACCGAGGGAUCCAUGAACAAGAGGCCCUACCACAGGCAAACUCGACAUUAUAAAGAACUGAAAUUAAAGGAGAAGGAGAUAAUGACAUAUCUACACGACUUAGAGAUGAAGAACAUGGAGGCCCGAGAGAACAAUCAGGAGCUCAAGAAGGAGAAAAAUUUCUAUCGUAACCUGCACACCCGGAUCCUGCUGGAGGAGAAUCUUAUAAAGAAGAAGUUGGUGAUAUUGCAGCAGGAGAGCAAGGAAGUACAUGCUGAUUGGGCCACCAUUCAUCAAAGUUUGGUGGAGUUGAACCUGAGUGGUAAAGACGAACAGGAGAAGACCAGCAACCUGGAGACUCAAGAACAUCAGGUCUCAGAAGCUGCAAGAGAGCUGGGAUUGGCCACAGCUGAAGAAGACAGCAUCUUGCAGAAUGAGUUGCCAUGCCAGGAGGCCCCUGCUGAGCACCAUCCCCAGCACCCACCAUCUUCCUCAGAUGAAUCUUCCUCAGAUGAAUCUUCUUAUAGCACAUGUCCUGAGUGGGAAUAG